UUUAUCAUCUGAAGGAAUAAAGUUAUAUAACAACUCACACUUUGCUUCCAUCGGCCACUUCUCCCACAGCUGACCUCAGCCCUGCACUUCUUCACAGAUUUGUUAUCACCCCCUAAAAACCAAACCAUGGCUGGAAAAGUUGUGCUGACUUACCUCGACGGCAGAGGGAAAAUGGAGUCGAUCCGCUGGCUUCUGGCUGCAGCGGAGGUGGAGUUCGAAGAGGUUUUCCUGACGACCCGGGAGCAGUAUGAGAAACUCCUCACUGACGGAGAUCUCAUGUACCAGCAGGUUCCCCUGGUGGAAAUAGACGGCAUGAAGCUCAUCCAGACCAAGGCGAUCCUGCAAUACAUCGCAGAGAAGUACAAUCUCCAUGGCAAAGAUCUCAAAGACAAAGUCAUGAUCAACAUGUACUCAGAGGGAAUCAUGGAUCUCAUGGAAAUGAUAAUGUUGCUGGUGUUUGUGACGGAUAAACAAACCAAACUGGACAAUGUUGAAACCAAAGCAAAGGAGCGCUACCUGCCUGUGUUUGAAAAGGCUCUGUCUGGACCUGUGUACCUGGUGGGAGGUAAACUGAGCUGUGCAGAUGUGCAGCUGAUGGAAUGCACCCUGAUGCUGGAGGAGAAGUUUCCGGCAAUCCUCGCUGACUUCCGCAACGUCAAGUCUUUCCAGGGCAGGAUGAGCCGGCUCCCAGGCCUCAGCAAGUUUCUGCAGCCGGGCAGCAAGAGGAAGCCGCAGCCAGACGACCUCUUUGUGAAGACGGCCAUGGAAGUGUUGAGACCCAAGUUUUAAUUUCCACGAGCUUCUGUUGAACAUCUGGUAAACUCCUCAAACAUCUAACGAUGAGUAGAACAGCCAUAUCUACUGAUUUAUCUUGAGGUGAAUUCUACACUGAGGCAAAAGCACAAAGCCACUGGGUACCAUAGGAAAUGAUGUAGUUAUUUUUGAUAACAAUUAGUGAAUUAAAUGAAGUGAAGAGGCAACUAAAUAAAGAAUCUAUUUCUCGAAAACA